CCGAGAGGACAACAGAGAGAAAACUAAAUAAGAGAUUUCACUGUGAAGCCACAGGCAGUGUGAGCUCUCUCUCACUCUCCCUCCCUCCUCUCUCUCUCCCUCUCCCCCUCCUCUCUCUCUUUCUCCCUUUCUCCGCCCCCCCCUCUCGUCUUUCUCUCCCUCCAGGGCAGACCCAUGGGGGUUGAGUGUGUGCAGAAGGGCAGUAAUCUUGCUGCAGACCAGGAGUCCAGAGGACGCUGAUCUCUGCGCUGGCCAGAGGACGCUGAUCUUUGCGCCGACCAGAGGACUGCUCCCACUACUUUCUCAGCACUGCCUGUUUGUUACAAGGGGAGAUCCUUGGGGAGAGAGUGUCAUGAGAGCAGCCAGCCUCUCGCUCAGUGCCGAGGGGACCCAGGGACACACACACACACACAUAUGCGCGCGCGCACACACACAAACACACGCACCUGCCGGCACAUGGAGAACGCUGCACGCUGUCUGAAAAGCAGCCGGAUUCUGUGAAGAGGCUGAAUUUCUAUUCACUUUCUUCUCUCUUUCUGUCAGUUUGGGUUCAGCUUCUCCAGCACCAACAAAAAAAAAAAACCCCUCCUUUUCUCUCUGUAAUAAUAUCAGAAGCAAACUUUCUAAUCCGCCAAACGGAUCCCCACGAUGCGGAGACUGCAGGUGGAUUUCAUUCUCUCUGCUUUCUCACCGGCUUCUUUCUGCAUGGAUGGCAUAAAUUUCCGCCGCGGGAUUUAACGCCCCCGCGCUCCGGGGAGAGGAUGCUCUGGGCUCUCUCCGGCGACUCCGGCUGAUGGAUUACAGGCUUCUGGGACUUUCGGAGCCGCGGUUCACGGGCAGCCGCGCGAUCGCUGCCAGGGUACAGCGGAAGGGGGGAGAGGAGUGAGCGCGCCGGACCCCCGCCAGCCUGCUCCGCACCGCCGCUCUCCGUCGCCGACCGGCUGGCAGCGCUGUGCGUCUGAGCCGCCGCGCCUGCGUUUGAUGCGGUUAGCGAUGCCGGCGGCUGGCCGGAGCCGCGGGUGCGCGCGCUCGGCGGCGGGUUUGAGCGCUGGGCGAGCGCGGGCGCCGAGCUCGCGGCAUGUUUAAGAGCGGAGGGGCUGCACACCCUGCAGAUUCCUCCCCGGAGCCCAAACUCACCGUCCGCCCCUGGAGCCAGCUCGCUGUUCAGGGCGUCCCGCCCGGAGAAAUGGAGGGUACCGCCAAAACCGCCGGCUGGCCGUGACCGACUGAUCGUCCCGUCCUCUGCACCAAUCUGUCCGGCCGCAAAGGAACCUUCACCGCGACAACCCCCCGACCCCCUGAACUCAUCCCGUCCCGCACCUCCUCCGUCAGAAUGGUGCCGCCCCCGCCCACCAACAAGCCGCACGUGUGCCUGUCCACCAUGCUGAUCGUGAGCAGCAUGGCGCUGAUGGACGCCUACCUGGUGGAGCAGAACCAGGGCUCGCGGAAGAUCGGCAUCUGCAUCAUGGUGCUGGUGGGCGACGUCUGCUUCCUCAUCGUCCUGCGCUACGUGGCCGUGUGGGUGGGCGCCGAGGUGCGGACCGCCAAGCGUGGCUACGCCAUGAUCCUCUGGUUCCUCUACGUCUUCGUCCUGGAGAUCAAGGUCUACUUCAUCUACCAGAACUACAAGGCUGACCGCUCCAGCCUGGACACCAUCGCCCGCAAGACGCUCACCCUGGUGCUGUCCAUCUUCAUCCCCGUCCUCUUCGUCAUCCUGGUGGCCAUCGACCACAUGGAGUACGUGCGGGCCUUCAAGAAGCGGGAGGAGAUCCGGAACCGCCUCUUCUGGGUGGUGGUGGACCUGCUGGACAUCCUGGACAUCCAGGCCAACCUGUGGGAGCCGCAGAAGAAAGGUCUCCCCCUGUGGGCCGAGGGGCUGAUGUUCUUCUACUGCUACAUCCUGCUGCUGAUCCUGCCCUGCGUGUCCCUCAGCGAGAUCAGCAUGCAGGGCGUCAACAUCGUGCCCCACAAGAUGAUGCUGUACCCCAUCCUCAGCCUGGUCACCAUCAACAUCAUCACGCUGCUCAUCCGUGGCGGGAACCUGGUCUUCUACAAGGACGUGCGGGUGUCGGGGAUCCUCAUGGGGAAGAACGUGCUGGCCAUAAUCCUCAAGGUCUUCAGCUUUGUGCAGUACAAGAGACAGCUGCACAACGCGCCCCCCGCGUUCGGAAUGGAGCUCCAGAAAAACUCUGCCCCCCACGGCCGGCCCAUGCCCCCACCGACACGCGUGAUGCUUCAGGACCGGACCCCCCUGCCGGAGGUGACCGCAUGCGAGCACACGUGACACCGGCGGAUUGCGAUGGGGGCGUCAGUAACCGUCCCCGCCAGGGAACCAGACUGGGCCCGAAAUGGCACCCAAACCCCGUCUGGGAAUCAGUCCAGACCCAGAGUGCAGCCUCCUUCACGGUCGCACUGAGCGGCGCAUUUUAAAAAAAUGAAACUGUGGGGAAAAAUACUAAAUGAAAUAUAUUUUUAAACAGUGUCUGCUGCAUUAUGACGAAAAAAAAACUGGAAAUGGAUGAUACACUGUAGUGUAAUUUUCCUCUGGUUUUCUAUUUUAUGUGAAUAAAAAGUUCUGUUAAUGUUACUGCAAUUGGAUGAACCGAGAAAGGCUGUAUUGAGAGAAAAUUUUUAAAAAUGAAGAUCGGGCAUUUUUUUUUAAACAGGAGGAUGUUUCAUAUGUACAAGAUAAAGUAUUGUGUACAUGUCAGCUGACUGUGAUGUGUUUGUAUGUGCUUUGAGUUACUGGGGUUCACGCUUUCAUGUAAAUUCUUAUUAAUGAAGAGACCAAUGAUUAAUGGCUUAUGUUCUCAUUUUAAUACAGCAACAGCCCUCCCCAUUAACAAGACUAAGAUAGAAGAGCCAGUGCUUUAUCAACACCGUUUUAAUCUCCAGUUACAGGCUGCUUAAAAACACAGGCGGAGAAGUUUACCUAUCGCAUCCUGUCAGGCUGUCGUUGAAGCCCACAUAUUCCUCUUUGACAGGCAGUUCAGUUCCACUCAAUGACCGAUGGCUGGACACCACAAUGAAUGAAAAGCGCUUGAGGUCGCUAUGACUUAUGGGACAUUUGCGGAAGGGCACAAAUAAUGGUGGUUCCCUGUCAGCCGCGCACACAGCUAACGGGUGUGUCACAGUGUCACAGUCAAACCUGCAACCUGCUCUCUCGUGAGCCACUACAGAGACAAGGUUAGGGGCGUUCUGGUGCUGCAAAGCCAUUCUUUUGCCCAGCAGGGUAGGGUGUGGAUGCGUGUGAGCUGAGAGGAGUCUGCAGUAUGACCAGAGCGUUAUAGCCAGUCUGCCCUGCCGCUAACUCGGUUUCACUGCACAUUAAGCAGCCAUCUCAACAGGGCCUUGGCUGGAGCACAAAGCCUGAUUAAACUCCGGCCCAGGAUAGUGUACCAAAGAGGUUGUUCUGAUUCACACACCGGGUGCUUGAAUAAUUAAUGCAGCUUAAAGAAAUAGAAGCUGAAUAAAAUGAACAGACGCAUAAAAGAAGCCUCAGCAGAUGAAGCAGUGGCACGAGGCCCAGAGCUCAUUACUGCUCUUAGAACUCUGUGCUAUUAACCCUCAUUACUGCUCUCAGAGCUCUGUGUUAUUAACCCUCAUUACUGCUCUCAGAGCUCUGUGUUAUUAACCCUCAUUACUGCUCUUAGAACUCUGUGCUAUUAACCCUCAUUACUGCUCUUAGAGCUCUGUGUUAUUAACCCUCAUUACUGCUCUUAGAGCUCUGUGCUAUUAACCCUCAUUACUGCUCUUAGAGCUCUGUGCUAUUAACCCUCAUUACUGCUCUUAGAACUCUGUGCUAUUAACCCUCAUUACUGCUCUUAGAGCUCUGUGUUAU